CCUCCCCCCUCGGCCUGCUCCCCGGCCGGGGCCGAAAUCGACCUAGUGAGUCCCUCGCGGGCGAACCAGGCCACAACAGAUAGUAGGCGGGUGGUGUCCCAAGGUGCAACUCACCGCCGCGCUGGCUCAGCGUGGCGGUGAGGAUGCACAGACGGUGGUAGUGGCGAGAGGUGUGUAUGGACACUGUUCCCGCGGCAGUAAUGCGAAGCGGCAAACUGCAACUGGCAACCACCGUCGCGGAAAGCGUGGCCUACGAAGCUGGAGGAUUAGAGAGAUUCGUAAACACCACGUUAGUAAGCACCGCUCGCGGGAGAAGGGAGACAACCGCGGCCACCGCGGGGAGGGAGUGCUGCACCCUCCUCGUCAAAACACCACAGGCAAGAACCGAGCUCUGCAGAGAUGGAUUGAUGCGAGGAAACUCGCCGCUCGGAAAAUACGGAAGAAAGCACACCAGCAACGCGAGGUGGACCGAGAGAGACACGAGACCGCAGCGGCCGUCAAGGCGGCUGCGAAGAAGCAGGCACGAGAGGGCGACCUAUGGUUCGGCACGUUUAACGAGGCGAGACGGGUGCUGCGAUGCCAAGAUUAUGGGCGCGUACGGACGCGACAUUAUCAACAACAAUUCGGGACGACUCCUUGGACUGGCGUCAGACAACCAACUCUCCCUGACCAACACCUACUUCCGGACACCGAAAGGUGGAGUGCAGCACACAUUCCAGAGCUCCAACAAGGGAAAGGAGAAGUACCGCCUCGACUUCAUCCUCAUGCGUCAGGCGGACCGGCGUUUCGUGCGCAAUGUCUCCGUCAAACGUGUCGACUUCAAAGACUCUGACCACAACCUCGUGCUUACGACUGUCCGCCUCCCCCCCCGUGUCGCACCCAACCGACGAGUGCGGGGGAACAGCCGAAGCAGCCGGAUCCGUGUCGACCUCGAGCGGUUGAAAAAGGACAAACACCUACAGGUCGCCUUCCAAAACAGGGCCUCCAGCCGCCCUCCGCCCACGGCGCUCAGGCGGCCAACGGGAGAGACCGCCGCCGAGCUGACGGCUAUGGUGAUGUCGGCCGCCGCUGAGACCGCGCCGCUGGCGAGGGCGUCCUCCCAGAGGAGANACGUACCACAGCAGUGGAAGGAUGCCACCAUCAAAGUGCUGUUCAAGAAGGGGGACACGAUGGAGUGCGGCAACUACCGGGGCAUCUCGCUCGUCGCACACGCCGGCAAGGUGCUGCUUAAGGUCGUCGCUACACGACUGAGCCACUACUGCGAGCGAGAGGGCAUCCUCCCGGAGGAACAGAGCGGUUUCCGCCCACACCGGUCGACGCUCGACAUGCUGUUCGCCAUCCAGCGGCUCCAUGAGCUCGCGAGGAAGAAGAGUACUGCGGUGUUCGCGUGCUUCGUCGACCUCACCAAGGCAUUCCAUUCGGUGGACCGAGACCUACUGCGGGACGUGCCACGACGCUUCGGCGUGCCCCCGAAGAUGCUGGCGGUCAUUCGCCACUUCCACGAGGGCAUGAGGGCGCGCGUCCGAACGGACGACGGGCAGUACUCGGAAUGGUUCGACGUGAGCCAAGGCCUCCGACAGGGAUGAAACCUGUCCCCGGUGCUGCUCA